CAGGUUGGAGGCAUGAUUUCAAUAGUUUGUAGUCCAAACUCGACCUGGAUGAUCGGAAGCCUUGUUGGCGCUAGUGAGGGAGUGAUGUACGAACAAUUGCCCCGUGCCCAAGUAGAAAAAGCGUCUAAGCAUAGCAAACCUUCCAGAGCGGAAUGUCCAGCGAGUAAGGUGAGAGAAGUUGCCUUUCACGUUGUGACGACACAUCUCUCCAAGUGCAUCGACAAGCCUCGUACAUUGAGCUAG